AUGUGUAAAACUUUAUAUUAUCAAAAAGCUGAACUAUAUUCCAAUGCCGAAAGGGUUAGCGAAGGCCUUGUUCUAGAAACCGCAACUAUGAGUUUUCCAACAUCAAUUCUCAGAGAUAUUUUGAGCUAA